UUAUUUUGAAAAGCUGGUUAUUAUUAUUUGGGAUAGUUUACACUGGUUCCCUACUCCAUACUCAUCAGUAUGGGUAUCAAAGCAUAUGUGAGCUGCACUGUGUUGUAUGUCCUCUUAGAUGUUGUUGUCACUACUGUCCUGUACGCACAUGGAUCACAUUUUAACAUAUUCACAAAGGAUGCUCUGGACUUCAGCAUUCUCCAUUCGUCACUGGACCUCUGGGGGACUGUGCUGCUCCGGGGCUCCCUGCUCCUUGGUGCUUCCAUCGGGGUGUCAUGGAACAGAGAGGAUGGCCCACCCAGGGUCACUAAACUUGCCACCCUGAUUGUUCUAAUCUGCAUGAUAGUCUUCACAUACACUCUGGCCAAACUGCUGAUGCUGAGUGAACUGGGGCCUCUGUCCCAGCAGCCGUGGCUCCUGAGCUUGAUCUGCUGGACUUGUGUCUCCUCUGUGGCUGUCACAGUGUUCUGGAACUUGCUCGGGAAGGAGUCCAACUCGGUGAGCAGUCAGAACAGCAGCAAUGGCAGCAGAAACAGCGAGCAAGGAGCUCCUGAGGACACCGAGAAGCUGGUGGAGACAGCUAAUGAGGAGGAGAAGGGGGUGGGAGGUGAGAGGAAGAAGAAGAAAGAGGAGGGACAGCAGGAGAAGGAGAGUAGCUCAGGAGCUACGCUUGGACGUCUGCUGUACUAUUGUAGAAAAGAUGGUGGACUUCUCUCUGUCGCUAUCCUCUUCCUCAUCAUCUCUGCUGUGUGUGAAGCCUUCAUACCUUACUACUACGGGCAGGCCAUAGAUGGUAUUGUGGUUCACCAGAGUAUGCAGUACUUUGCUAAACCUGUGAUCACACUGUUAUUGCUGGCUUUAGUCAGCUCAAUAGCAAUGGGAGUACGUGGAGGAGUCUUCACGCUAACGUUUGCAAGGCUAAAUGUACGGCUAAGGAAUAACCUCUUCAGAAAUCUGAUGAGGCAGGAAAUAGCCUUUUUCGAUGAAAACCAUACCGGUGACAUUAUCUCACGUCUGUCGGCGGACACCACCCAAGUGAGUGACCUCAUCUCCCAGAACGUCAACAUCUUCCUGAGGAGCACCAUCAAGGGCGUGGGCUUCUUCAUCUUCAUGUUCGGGAUGUGCUGGAAGCUAACGUUGGUGACCAUCAUGGGAUUCCCUUUCAUCGCCCUCAUCUCUAAACUUUACGGCGAGUACUACAAGAAACUGACCAAGGAGGUGCAAACAACCCUUGCGGAAGCCAAUAAAGUUGCGGAAGAAACCAUUUCGGCCAUGAGGACGGUGCGAAGCUUUGCCAACGAGAACGGGGAGGCUGAGUCCUACUACGCCAAGCUCUUAGUCAUGUUCCAGCUCAACAAAAAACAAGCCCUGGCCUAUGCUUGCUACAUGUGGUCCAGUUGUAUCUCGGAGCUCGCUCUAGAGGUGUCGAUCCUCUACUACGGCGGUUACCUCGUCAUUAGUGGUCAGAUGAGUAGCGGUUCCUUGAUAUCUUUUUUCAUAUACAUGCUGGAGCUGGGAGAAUGUCUGGAGAGCAUUGCGUCAGUGUACACAGGCCUCAUGCAGGGAGUGGGAGCAGCUGAGAAGGUUUUUGAGUACCUGGACAGGAAACCCAAACAUCCAGCUGAUGGUGAAGAGGCUCCAGAGGCAUGUAACGGUGUGGUGGAAUUUAAAGACGUUACAUUUGCCUACCCUACACGCCCUGAGACUGAUAUUCUCAAGGGAGUGUCAUUCACUCUACAGCCUGGAGAAGUGACAGCACUGGUGGGACCUUCAGGCAGUGGAAAGAGCUCCUGUGUGAGUCUAUUGGAGAACUUCUACCUUCCUCAGCAAGGCCAAGUGCUGCUGGAUGGAAAGCCUGUUCACACCUUCCAGCAUGACUACCUCCACUCUAAGGUGUCUCUGGUGGGUCAGGAACCUGUGCUGUUUGCAAGGACAAUCGAGGAGAACAUCACAUAUGGCCUGACUGAUAUACCCACAGAGUCAGUGCAGCACGCCGCCACCAAGGCUAACGCUCACGACUUCAUCGCUGCUCUCCCUAAAGGCUAUGAGACAAGUGUAGGAGAGAAGGGCACCCAGCUGUCAGGGGGGCAGAAACAAAGGGUGGCCAUCGCCAGAGCUCUCAUCCGCAACCCCCGCAUUCUCAUCCUGGACGAGGCCACCAGCGCCCUUGAUGCAGAGAGCGAACACAUCGUUCAGCAGGCUCUGAACACCAUCAUACGGGAGCACACGGUGUUGGUGAUCGCUCAUCGGCUGAGCACGGUGGAGAAGGCGGACAACAUCAUCGUGAUCGACAGGGGCCGUGUGGCCGAACAAGGGUCCCACAGUCAGCUGAUGGCCACCGGAGGGCUCUACCACAAACUGGUGCAGAGGCAGGUCCUGGGCAUCGAGACGGGGGCGGAGGUCCUCAACCCAUCCGAAAACCUCAGUUGGAAGUCCGACGGAGGACGGCGGCGGAGCAGAAAGAGCAGCAGCAGCAGCGCCAGCGAAUCAGAGUUCAACGCUCGCUACUGAGAAAUGAAGCAGAGUGUGCGGAGAUGUGAUUGGAUUGCUGGAUGCUUUUAAG